AUGCCUUACUCCUGCUCUGACUCUGGGAAAUGUUUUAAAACAUCAACUAUGCUGAAACGUCAUCAGAGAACACACACAGGAGAGAAGCCUUACUCCUGCUCUGGCUGUGGGAAGAGUUUCUCUUACCAGAGCAGUUUAAAAACACACAAACUUUUACACGUAGGAGAGAAGCCUUACUCCUGCUCUGUGGAAGGGUGGGCGUGUAACUCUAACUACUUUUGGCUAAAAAUACACCUAAAAAUACACACAGGAGAGAAGCCUUACUCCUGCUCUGACUGUGGAAAACGUUUUAUAACAUCAACUCAGCUAAAAGUUCAUCAGAAGACUCACACAGGUGAGAAGCCUUUCUCCUGCUCUGACUGUGGAACUAGUUUCUCUCAACUUUGCAACUUAAAAUCACAUGAACGAAUUCAUACAGGGGAGAAGCCAUACUCCUGCUCUGACUGUGGAAAAUGUUUUAAAACAUCAAAUGAGCUAAAAGUUCAUCAGAGAACACACACAGGAGAGAAGCCGUACGUCUGCUCUGACUGUGGAAAAUGCUUCACAACAUCAAGUGAUCUAAAAGUUCAUCAGAGAAUACACACAGGAGAGAAGCCUUAUUCCUGCUCUGACUGUGGAACUAGUUUCUCUCAACUUUCCCACUUAAAAUCACAUGAAUGUAUACAUACAGGGGAGAAGCCAUACUCCUGCUCUGACUGUGGAAAAUUUUUCAGAACAUCAACUGUGCUAACUGUUCAUCAGAGAACACACACAGGAGAGAAGCCUUAUCACUGCUCUGACUGUGGAAAAUGCUUCACAACAUCAACUGAUCUGAAAGUUCAUCAGAGAACACACACAGGAGAAAAGCCUUACUCCUGUUCUGAUUGUGGUGUGAGUUUCUCUCGUUUUGAUACCUUAAAAACACACCAACAGAUACAUACAGGGGAGAAGCCAUACUCCUGCUCUGCCUGUGUACGUUAUUGA